GCCAGAAUAUGUUGCCAGAUGUUUAAAACUAUGUUCCCAUUGGCGUAAUUUAGAGGUCAAUCUUAAUUUACGCAUAAAUUAAGUACAAACCAAGUAAUUUCGAAUUGUAAAGUCUCUCAGUAAAUUAAGUUGAAAGUACGUAGCAUGGUACAAUAAACAGGUAGCAGCAUUAGAGCGAAUACAACAAACACAUGCAUUUUGUUGUUGCUUGAGGUCCAUAAAGUGUCAAACAACAAAUGUCAAAUUUGCCGAGUUUGACAAUUGAAGAAAAAAGCAAAAUGGCCGGCAAGUCAAGAAACGUCAAAUUUGCUGAGUUUGACAAUUGAAGUAACAAGCAAAAUGAUCGGCAGAACCAGAAACUUACGAGCGUUGUGGAGCAGGAACAACAAAUGUGCCCACCAACAUCUUUUGACCGGUGCAUCUGCGGAUCUUACUUCAUCCAUUGCUUUUGCCAACUGCUGUAUGUGGAAAAAUCGAAAAGGAUCACACCUGUACUUGUACCUGCACCACAGACGACGCCAACCACCUUCAAUUUCAUCAACUCAGUCUGGUUCAGCUUCGUCCAAUUUUUUUUUAUCGUUUGCUCCAGUUCCUCUUCACACAAUUUAGUGUAACGUUUCUGCCCGCCGCCAGCACCAGUAGCAGUACCAGCACCAACAAUCAAAGAAAAUAUGUAAACAUUUUGUUUGCCGGUUGGAAUCAUUUAAGGCACAUUUAUUUGGCCAGUAAAGAGUUUACAUCAGAUUAUUUAACUGAUAUAGGUGAAAUUGGUCGGGGUGGUUUUGGCACUGUGAACAAGAUGAUAUUCAAAGUAGGCAAGGCAAUGGCAGUGAAACGCAUACGCUCCACAUUCGAUGAAAAGGAACAGAAGCAAUUACUUAUGGAUUUGGAAGUGGUGAUGAAUUUAAACGCCUGACCCUAUAUAGUGCAAUUCUGUGGAGCGCUAUUCAUAGAAGGCGACUGCUGGAUUUGCAUAGAAUUAAUGGAUACCUCGAUGGACAAAUUUUGUAAAUACAUUUACGAGUGUAAACAGCAGCGCAUACCCGAGUGGAUACUUGCAAAAAUUACGGAGGCGGAGUCAAUUGCGGAGACUAAAGAUGCAGGAUGUCGGCCGUACAUGAUGCCGGAACGCAUAGAUCCAGAGCGCGCUAAGGCUUAUGAUGUGUGGAGUUAUGUGUAGUCGCUGGGCAUAUCGUUGAUGGAAGUUGCUACCCGAGUGUUUCCAUAUCCUAUAUGGGAUUCGGAGUUCGCGCAGUUGUAGUAUUGAAUUUGCAGUUGGUAAUUUUAAGGUGAGCUGCCAAGAUAAUUCAGCAGGCGUGACAAUCCUUGUUAUUUUAAGACAUGCAUAAAUGAUAUAGAUAUCAAUUUAGCUGUAGAUUUUCUAAGAAUUCUCAUGCUCAAGUUCAAACUCGGCUUUUUUCCGUGGUUGCCCAUAUUUGACAUUUCCAUCAAUUAGAGUUAAGAAAUAACCGAGACUGAUCUUUGGCUUGAUCCAUUUCUGAACGCACCCAGAGCUGGGAAAAAGCAAAUAUUACAAAUAUAUUCCAUUUAAAACAUUUUCGAUCUCUUUGUGAAUAUUUUUGUGGCCCUAAAAAGGGCCUUUAGUGUGUACAAGCAUCUUUAAAAAAUCGAUCUCUUUGUAACAUUUUGCGGCUCUAAAAAGAACCUUCAAAAUAUUAAGUGUUUACCUGAAAUUAAAUAAAUUUAUAUGAUUUAUCAAAUUGUAAAUGGUUUCAAAGCAAUUUAGACAUUUAUUCAUCCGAA